GAAAUAAGAGCACAAAUCCAGAGUGAAAGUAUUUCAGGAUCAGUUAGCACCUCUUUAUUUAUCCUUAGUUUAGUAACUGCAGCACAUCCAUUGGAUUGGUUCAGUAAACGGAAGAGACAGACUUGGCUUUACUUUAUGGUCUUUCUAAAGCAACACAUGAAGGGGUAGUCCAGGUUGGGAUUGGAAGAACAAAACUAUGAAUGUUCUUUGUGAAAACACUUUGAACGGAGUGAUCGGUGCAUAACAAUACUAUUCCACGGGAAGGAGUAUUUUGUUGCUUUGCUGAAAAAAGAAAAGGUGUAAAAAAAAAAAAAAAACAGGACGGAAACUGCAUUUUUACUGAAACUGGAAUUUGAUUGUGCACUCUAAGAUCACGAAAAGGGUUAAAGAAAGGACAUUGGAAACUGUAGCAGUAUGGAAGAAAAUGAUCAUAAUAACCGAGAAGACGACCGGCAGGAGUCGGGCGAUGAGUCCAAUAUAGCCAUCAUUCCACUUCUGCAAGCGCCUGGGAACCUGCAACUCCCGCACCGUAUUACCAACUUUUUUAUCGACAACAUCCUACGACCAGACUUUGGGCGGAGGAAAGAGGGGACCUGCAACCGUGAUGAGAGUAACCUCCCGGGGAGAGAGAACCUCAGCCCCUCGGCUCCUGGAUCUGGGCAGAUAGGACUAGGGACUGUAGCGGGUGAAGGGACCUCUAACCCACACCCUGUCAACGGGGCAAAGAAGGGUGACACAAUGAGCGGGGAAGCCCUGAAAGCCCGCGGUGAAAGUGGUGAUCAGUGCCAAAGCUCAGACUCGGACAGCUCCCAAGCCAGCUCGACUACUCCUUCGCAACCCAUGCUCUGGCCAGCCUGGGUCUAUUGUACUAGAUACUCGGAUAGGCCUUCAUCAGGGCCCAGAUCUCGUAAACCAAAGAAGAAGACCGCUAGCAAGGAAGACAAGCGGCCCAGGACUGCGUUCACAGCGGAACAGCUCCAGAGACUGAAGGCCGAGUUUCAGACAAACCGGUACCUGACCGAGCAGAGGCGGCAAGCUCUGGCUCAGGAACUCAAUCUGAACGAAUCUCAAAUCAAAAUCUGGUUUCAAAACAAACGAGCCAAAAUUAAGAAAUCCACGGGCAACAAGAACGCACUGGCACUACACUUAAUGGCACAGGGCCUCUACAAUCAUGCCACAUCAUCAAAAGAGGACAAAUCAGAUAGCGAUUAACUUAAAAGAAGAAUGACAAUAUACAAUGCAAUAAUUUAAUAAAAUUAGGGCCAGUGUACAAAGUAUACCAGCAUUAAUAAUUACACAAAUAAAGUGUAUUAGAUAUAAUUCUGCAAUAUUCUGUAUACAAGUAUAUCAUUGCAGGUAAGGUGUUGUAAAAAAAAAAAAAAAAAAAAAAAAAAAAAAAAAAAAAAUCAAUAUAUGAUCUUUUUUUGUUGUUGUUUGUUUCCAGAAAGCGUACAUGUUAAAAGCGUUUUAGUUGCAUUUUAUACCAAACGCGUUUGAUUGGCGUUAUCGUUUAGCCACAUGUUUGACAGUGAAAAAUGAAAAAAAAAUAAAAAUAAAAAAUAAAAAAAACAACAUUGCUGAAGUCCAAAGAAUUGUUCUGCUGCAUCCAGGCAAACUGUGAAUCUAAUAGAAUGCUAAUGUUUGUUCUGCAAUGUUUUUUUUUUUUUUUUUUAUGUGUGUUUGUGUGUGCGUGUUUUUUUAAGGACUAAAGCAAGAAAUAUGAUUUUGAUAAAUAAAUAUUUGUGAUAACCCCAGACUUAAGCAAAAUGUUUUAAAAAAGUGUGUCCCAUAUAAUAGCGAUUAUAACUUUUGUAAUCUUUAUAAAAAAUAUUUUGUAUUCCAAUAAUAUGAUAAAAGUAGAGUUUGGUUUGUAAACUAGUUUAAUAAUGGAGUAAAUAAGACUUUGCUAUCAAAUGAAUACCUUACAAAUUCGGUGAUAAACAUAUAUGUUAUUCAUAUUUACACGUCUGUACAUCUUGUUUACAAUAGAAAUUGCAUGAUAGGCCUAUAUGCUUCAAUUUCCAAUUGCCCGAUUGACGUCCUUAUUUCUUAUGAAAUAUCGGUGGGCCAGGCUGUUUCUUGUCCCACAGAAUGAGCAGUGAUAACAUUGAUAAUAUAAUGGUCUAAGAGCCGCGCUUUAUUGCUUGCCAGCAAUUGAAAAGAACGGGAAGCACAAAGAAACGAGGGCCUGGAAAGACUUCAGCGCUGUCUCUGGGUACUUCGACAAGGCUAAACAGCGUUAAACGCCCCGAGUCACGUUUUUAAUGUUACAUAAACUUCAAAGUACAGGAAAUCAAACUUAGUGAAUUAAAAUACUCACUGGUCUUUGGAACACACUUCACUGUAAGGAUCGUUUUAAAAUCAAUGUGUGCAGUAUUGCUAGACAACGAGACAGCAGUCAUUUACUGUGGAGAGAGCGUGCAAUCCAAGUGAGACUUACUGUUUGUUAUAAUGUGUUUUAUUCUGGGGGGUUUGCACUGCUUACUUAUCAUGCAAUAAGAACUUCUUUCUGUGAAUGAAGACGUUUGGGGCCUUUGCAUGGAAGCUGCAUUUUGUUAUAGCUGGGAAAAAUGAAAGUGUUUAUGAAUAGGAUCCUAGGUAUUUAUGAUGGUAGUCCAGAUGAAGGUUUAAGUUGCUAGACUAUCCAUAUCAAAUUGUUGACGCUUUUUUUUGUUUGUUUUUGUGUGUGUGUGUGUGUGUGUGACUUUACAUGUGUUUUUCUAUCUGAAAAGUGUGUAUGAAUUUUAAAUCCACCAAACUAAACACACUUUGCCUUAAAGGUUCCUUUCAAAGACGAACUUUUUUGUAUUUCUUUACGAUACCGAACUGUGCUAAGAAAACAAAACAAAACAAAAAAUAUUAUGUUAAAUGCAUACUAGUAAGAACAAAUUGCCUUUUAUUUUAAUAGCUGGUACGAUGAAAAUGAAUUUUGAACAGUGAAAAAAAAAAUCUAUAGAGAAAUAUGUUAAAAUAUUUGUGUUGAAUGAAACGCAAGGACAUUUUAUUUUAUGUGUUUAUGUUUUAAAGUAUGCCUUCUUAUAAAAAAAAUAUAAUAAUGUACAUAAUUUGUAUCAUGUAUGUUUUAAUUGUGUAAUGAACUGCCUCUCAUAACUGGACACGCAAAUAAAGCUCGAACGUUAU